GCCAACGUGCCAACGCUGUGUUACAAUUUCAAUGCGACAAUAUAAUGCAAUAUAACCUGUAGCAGAGUGGAAUACUCUGCUUGUAGUGUUGACAACUGUUUGUCAACAAAAUGACCAAUCGAAUUUAAUUGCUGAAUGCCCGAUCACAGCAUUUUGACAGCUAACCAAGUUUCCAGUUGAAGAUUAAUCAGUUUUUUAGAGAGAGACCCACACAUAUCGUUAUUUUAAGUGCAGAAACAAAUAUUUACAAAACUUUGCUGAUUGAGCACAUUAUAUAAUAUUAUUUGUUAAGUUUAGUGUCAAUCAGAUCUUUGUUUAGUACUGUGUAAAUCAAGAAAAAAAAUGUUGAACCGCUUCAAGUCAGUACUAAUGAGUGCUGUAGGCGCGAGCGAGCUCGGCCUACAGUACUCUAAUGAUUCGGAUAAUGAUAUGAUGACAGAUUAUAUUAAUUCUAAUUAUGUGGUGGAAGUAGAAAAUAAACCUUACAGCCGUCCAAGUUUUCUAGGCUUGACAGUUGAAGAGACACAGGUCAGUGCAGAUCAUAGAGUAAGGCCUAUAAUAGUUCCGAGAGAUCUUAGCCGUUUGCCAUGGUGUGCUGGCUAUGCAGAGUGUAUAAACGCUGGGAAGAGUACGUGGAACGAGGAUCAGGCCGCAGCAACGCGCGGAGAUUUAAAAUUGUCGGACAUUAACGUUACACUGCCUUAUGUCAUGUUUUCAAUGUUUGAUGGGCAUGCAGGGUAUCAAGUGGCUCUUACAGCAAGAUUGCAUCUACACAGGAUAAUCCUUGAAAGGUUAUUGGCUAUACCGGGUAAUAUGUUACUGAACGAAGAUGAACAUGAACUGAUAAAAGGCAGAGAUCUUGUUACAGGCGCUAUAGAAUUAGCAUAUAGGCAAAUGGAUCAAAUGGUAGAGUUGCAAGCUCAAAACGGUGGUGGUGGUUGUACAGCUAUUACAAUUUUAUUUCUUAAUGGAAGACUUUAUGCAGCAGGAGCAGGUGAUUCGAGGGCUGUAUUAGUUUUGGGAGAGGAACAACGAGCUCUUACCAGAGAUCAUACUCCAGAUUCAGAAUCAAAUCGUGUUAGAGCUUUAGGUUUUUUAAGAAGCAACGAGUUGCUUAAAGGUCAUUUUACUCCGUUGGAGUUUAGAAAAAGACCGUUGCAGAAGGAAUUGGGAUCUAUGGUUUUGUACAGAGAACCUUUUAUGACAGGUUGGGCAUAUAAAACCUUAACGCAUACUGAUCUAAAACUACCACUUAUUUCGGGACAUGGAAAAAGGAGCAGAGUAAUGGGAACGAUAGGCGUGACUAGAGGCUUUGGAGACCACGGUUUAAAGGCAGCAAAUACCGGCGUUGGUAUCAAACCAUUUUUAUCAUCGCAACCCGAAGUGCAAUCUUUAGACUUGGACAGUUGCAAUCUUACCGAACGAGAUUGCAUUAUUAUCGCCACGGAUGGACUUUGGGAUGUAGUAACGGAUAAAACAGCGGCAGCUAUACUUAGAAAGACUCUUGCGCCUGAUACUCCGUCAUUAGAAUAUAGACUGACAAUGGGUGCUCAAGAAUUGGUGCAAGCGGCCAGAGGUCGAUUAAUCGGUAAAGUGUGGAUGGGAAAACCGGAAAAUCCUAACGAAACUGAUGAAAAAUCGUCACCUAUAGCAUCGGUGGACGAUAUUAGCGUAUUAGUGGUACCUUUGUACCCUUAUUUAUGUGAGCAUAAACAGUGGCUGAAAACGACGCAGCAAGAACGAAAAUACGCUGCGGAUUCCCUAGCAACAAUAUGUUUCGAUUAUCCUAUUUCUAAUAGAUCCACUGAUAAUCCUGCAUAAUAAAAGCGGUAUGCGAUUAUCUAAUGAGACGCCCUGUGUGAAAUAGUGAUAAUAUUACUAUUCAAUACGCAGCUAAUGAAUUACAUUUAUUUGCAUUACUACAAAGACUUAUCAUGUAUUUUUGUUUUAUCAUAGUAUAAUUAGCUAUCUUUAAAUGCACGAUUGCCGUAUAUUCUUCAUAGUUCUCUUUGCAAAAUAUUAAAUUAUUGUAUACUGCCACAUAUAUAGUGUGUUCCAGACUUAUCGUGACACUCGUUGAUAGCAAAUUUUUUUUAAGAUUAUUUUGAAACGAAAAUCCUAAUAUCAAAAUAUCAAGGUUACUUUUUAAAUGAGAAGAAUUUUAAGUAAAUAAAUCAAACUGUCCGAAAUUCGCUAAUAUCUUGCUUAGAGCAUAUUUACAGUAGUGAAGAUGUUUUUAAAUGUGAUUCUGGAUUUUCAUAUCGAUUUUACAUCUUUUCUUAUACAAUGUUUCAUAUCUAAACACGCGAAUUUUGAACAGUUUGAUUUACUAACUUUAAACACUUCUCAUUUAAAAACUUUUAUAACUUUGACAUUUGAAUAUUAAAAUUUUUUCGUCUUGAAAUGAUCUCAGGGAUCAGUGUCAAGGUAAGUUCGAGAUACUCUGUAUAUACAUAUAUAUAUUAACUACAAAAGGCUAUGUUCUUAUUUAAAUAAACAUUCCACUGUGACAUAAUUUUAUGUGUAACAUGAAAUAUCUACAAUAUUCCAAAUAUUUGAUACAUAUGAUCGUAUAUGAAACAUAUAUAAGCACUGAUUCUGAAUUGUUAUUACUAUCCAUACAGAAAUUCAAUACUGGUUGUGUAUCAAAUUGGCCAGUAAUUAAUUACUAAUUUCGAAUAUUAAAAGUAUUAAUAACAGUGUUUUUAAUAUUUCAAAUAUGUAAUUAAUUUUUAAUUUCUGUAAGGGUAUGUAUAACUAGUAUAUAUAGACUGUACACAAUGUAAUAUCAAGAUAUCAAUAUUUUUAUAUUGCUUUUGAGGCAAACAUAUGUUACCAUUCAAUAUUUUGAGCAUAUAUUGUAAUGUUUGAUCUUUACAGCUUUAUGUUAAAAACAUUAACUCUAUGACUACGAAUGUAUGUAUGUGUGUACGUAUUUAUAUAUUUAAGAUUGAGAAUGUUGUAUUGAAAAUUUGCAAAAUUUUUAAGAAAUAUUUAAAAAUGUGUUCACACACAUUUUAUUAAUUUGUUGCUAUUUGUUUCGAUAUAAGUACCUUUCAUUUAAUAGAAAUAUUGGAAACAUUUGGUAUAUCGUAGUCAAAGAGUUAGCUGGUAAAGUUGCAAACAUGAUAUGAAUGAUCAAUGUGUAUAAAAAAUUGUACAUAAAUAGAAAAAGUACUGCUAUCUUUUUCGUAGUAAAUACGAUAAUAAUUAGAUUUUAUGAUAUCAUGUAUCACAUAAUUGUAUCUAAAUUACAUUAAAUAAAUAUACAAAGGU